CAAACCAGAGUUGGCUCUAUAAAAUCGAAAUUAGGGUUUGCCCUCCUCCACCGGCGGAGCGACUGCGGCUACUCGGCGACCUUGCGGUUGAUCGGUUGCCUCGCGGAAGAUUUCAGCAAUCAUGUACGGUUCAAGAGGGGCAAUGUUGGGGAGCGGGGGGUUUUCAGACGGGUACGAUGGGACAAAGAGGCCAAGAAUGAUGGAGUCAAAUCCCUACUUCGCAGUGAACAGCAACUUUUCGACGGAUGGAUACGAGGUCGGCUCAAAGAGAUUGCGGAUCAUGGAAUCUGGUCCAUUCAUGCCAAUGGGAGGCAUUGGCAACUCCUACCAACCCCUCGGUGGCAGUUUUAGCAGAGGAUUUAGCAGUGUUCACUCCUUCCCAGUGGUCCGACUACGAGGCCUUCCUUUCAACUGCAACGACAUUGAUAUCAUCAAAUUCUUCAUGGAUCUAGAUAUCGUGGAUUGCCUGCUCGUUAACAAGAAUGGGCGCUUUACAGGAGAUGCUUUUGUAGUCUUUCCAACAGUCAUGCAGGCUGAGUUUGCGCUCCACAAGGAUAGACAGAACAUGGGCCACAGGUACAUUGAAGUUUUUCCAUGCACCAAACAAGAGUACUACCGUGCAGUCGCUGCGGAGGUUAACAGCGGUGGCUGGUCCUUAGUAGACGAUGAUUAUCACAGAGAUGCACAGCCUGUUCAUGCCAGAAAACCGCACGUAGACAAGGACAGGGACAAUUCAGAGUACGAGGUCCUAAAGCUCCGCGGUCUUCCCUACUCAGUGACCAAGUCUGAUAUCAUCGACUUCUUUGCGGAAUUUGAGCUGAUCGAAGACAAAGUGCACAUUGGCUAUCGCCUGGAUGGGAAAGCAACCGGUGAGGCCUUUGUGGAGUUUGCGUCGCCGGAUGAGGCAAAGAAGGCCAUGUCUAAGGAUAAGAUGACAAUCGGUUCGAGGUAUGUGGAACUUUUCCCAUCGACACCUGAGGAAGCCAUGAUGGCUGAAUCUAGGUCUAAAGAGUUGAAUCUAUAGCAAUGUCCUCUUUUAGAUUUGGUCCUGCCACUUUUUUUCUGAGGACUGUAGCUUUUAUGUUGGAUAUUCUGGAAUGACCUGCAACAUUAAAUUGAUGCCAAAGUAGUAUGUACAAUGUCAUUAUGUUGGUCGCUAUCUGAAUCAAGGGCUAGUGCACUUGGAGUUAAAUUUA